GAAGCGCGACUGAUUGCAAACACGGAAAUCCAGCCGGAAAAGAAGUCCGCCCGCCGUGGGGUGUAGUAAUUUUGCUUUUCACGACUCUUUUAUAUUCGAAAAGCAAAUAUUAUACUCUAAAUAACAUAUUUAUCGUUUUUAAAAUCCUUUUUAUGGAGUUGCUGCAUCUUUUAUCAUGGGCGUGCAUCGUGUUUACACUUUGGAUGUUCUCGACUGGGCUGGUCGACCUCAAGAAAAUGCAAAACUCCAAGAGCACCGACAACAUCCAAUUUCUGCCUUUUCUCACCACAUGUGCCAGUAACCUCGGAUGGUUCUACUAUGGGAUGCUGAAGAUCGACCAAACACUUAUUGUCGUCAAUCUUAUCGGCGCUUUUCUGCAGUCCAUCUACAUCCUUGUAUACUUCAAGUACACAAAACAAAAGAAAAUGGUCCUGUUCCAAGUACUUGUCAUUUCAACGGUGGUGACCAGCGCCGGGUUGUACUUUUCAUACCUCCCUCCGGGCGACCUGGUGCUAAACCAGCUCGGCCUCGUCUGCAGCAUGGCCACUGUGGGCGUGUACCUGUCCCCCCUCGCAGACCUGUCAGAAACGAGCCCGUGGCUUUCCUCCCAUUCUUCUCCUCCUCAUCUGCAUCUUCCUGUUAUUCCUUCACCGUUUGGCCCCCAUCCCCUUGGAGACGCCAGAUAGCCAUCGUGCAGAGCGGCAACGUACAGCGCUUGUCCUUCCCCCUGACCGUGGCCACGUUCUUCACUUCCACUUCCUGGUUCUUAUACGGCCAGCAGCUGGAUGACUACUACGUCAUGGUCCCUAACCUUCCUGGAAUUCUCACUAGCAUCAUCAGAUUUUAUUUGUUUUGGAGAUUUGACCACGUCAGCCCCCCCUAUAAGUCCAUGCGGGUAUGAUGAUAUCCAGCAAUGGACAUGUUACACAAUGAGAAAGUGCCACUGUGGGCGAUGACGUCUAUGAUCCACAAAGUUGUAAGUAAAAGUAUUUAUAUUCCAAAGGUGUAUUGCAAUACUUAAGAAAUUUAAUUCAGGUCUUUUGUUAAAGGUGUCCCCUUUAAGUGCCUUGCGUUGGCUACUAGUGGGUAUCCUGGACAGACUGAAGAAAAAAAAAAAAAGUUAAAUAGUAAAACUGCAAAGUUUUCAAAUGGUCCCAUUUGGCGAAAAUCUAUUCAAGUGGAUUGAUUUGUUUACUGCGAUCCAAAGACUGCGUUGUUUGUAGGCUGCUAUUUUGAAGAGGGCGAACACGUGUCGAGCGUUUCCUCUUUGCUUCUGCCGGGAAAACAAUUUUUUUUUAAUUCUAUUUCCUCUUGUGCCUUUCCUUGUUACCAGAACAUAUCAGUGGCAGUAAGUUAUGUAUCGUGUUUCUAUGACGACUGUUUACAUCGGCUAUUUUUGAAAGCUUUUUUUAAAAGUGUAAAAUGGACCUAAGUAUGAAUGAUGACUUUUUGUCAAUAAAUAAUGACAAAGUG